UCCACUUCCUGUCUCACCUGUUUCGCAGGUACAAACAUGGAGGACAAACACAAACCAGCGACAUAAACAGGACUCAUAUUUGCUGGAAUAUCUGCUAAUAUCCGCCGAUAAUCGAUCAUAUGUGCUGUGUUUACGAUGGAUGUGAACAGAAGCGCGUUUAAAGGCCUCCUCUGGUGUGUUUUCUUCACUUCCGGGUUGUGUAUGUCAGUGUGGUCUCCAGCAGAGGUCAGUGUGGUCAGCGGGUCCGCCGUCUCCCUCUCCUGCUCCUUCUCCUCCUCCAGCCGUGUCACCAGCCUCAUGUCCGUCGACUGGAAGUUCAAACCGCAGAGCGGCGGCCCCGCCAAACUGUUCUUCCACUUCUCGUCAGUGGCGUAUCCUGUGGAGGACGAACGCUUCCGGGGUCGAGUGAAGUGGGCAGGAAGUCCAUCAGGAGGAGACGCCUCCAUCCUGCUGCUGAACACCACACAGACCGACAACGGCACCUUCAGCUGCAGCGUACGCAACCCUCCUGACAUACAGGGGAACACGGCACAGACCGUACUGACCGUCACCCCGCAGAGAGUGUCUCUGACUCUCACAGAUGUGGGUGUUCUGCUGGUGUGUGUUGUGGGUCCGUCUGCUCUCGUCACACUACUCCUGUUGUCCCGGAUCUGCUGCUGUUCUGAGGGUCCGCCGGCGCUGCAGCAUCACUCGCCCAUCGAGGUCAUCGCAGGAGAGGAGUACUUCUACACUCAGACUCAACACAAACACUCCGCCUGCUGCUGCUACUUCAAGGACUCUGAGUAUGAUGAGGACGAUUACAUGCCGGACAAACUGCAUGAACACACCAUCACAGCGUCACAGUGUUAGACCUGCUCCUUCUCCUGUGUGUGUGUGCGUGCGUGCGUGCGUGCGUGCGUGUGUAGUUCUGCAUGGGUCUCCUGAUCAGCGUGCUGUCGCAGAGCUCCUCUUGAGGGUAAUCUUCAUAUUGAUGUCGGACACUGAUGGACUAUUUUCGUAAUCUCUGAAUUAAGUGACUAUAAAAGCCGAUCGCCAUAGCGACGGUCACGUGACCCCUUUUGAGCAUUCUGAUUGGCUGAUUUUGUUGGUGUUGAUCAUCACGCUGACGUCUGUACAGUGGAUAAUGUGUGUAGAUGAGUAUGAACUAUAACUCAGCCUUAAUCCUGUUUACUCUGAUGUUUCUGUUACCGUUGAAGAGUUCAUCACUGACGGUGAAGAGAGCGAGCGCGCCGCUGGAGAUGGGAUAUGAUGGAUGUUUCUCUGUAAUUUCUCUCAGUAUAAUGUUGUGAAUUCUUCAAACUAAGUGUAAGGUCAAUUGUAUUAUAGCACUAGCCACAUAUAAUAAACAGCACUGAAGUUAAA